UUUUGCAGUAAAUGUGUGUGCUGCAGGGAGGGCUGGAUCAUUCGUGGCAGCAGGUACCCUGUGCUGGCCUGCUAAGUGGAACUGGGCAGAACAGUAAAUGGCCAAAAGGAAUGGAUACCCCUCCACCUGGUCCAGAGGAGCCCUUCAGAGCUUUCCUACAGGGUAACAAGCCUUGUGAUAGGAGAGAAGCAGUGAAUGUCAUAUAUCUCGAAGUUAGUAAGGCUUUUGAUGACCUCAUAAACAAAUCAGAGAAAUAUGGCCUAAGCAAACCUACUAUAAGGACUGAAGGAUACAGCAUUUUAUAUUACCUGUGGAUUUGAGAAGUGAAGAAUAAUUCUGAUCACAGGAUGACUAGUUAUACCUAUGUUGUGAUGGAAAAAUGAGAGCAUCUAGGUUACAGCAUUUUUUACACUUCUAAAACUGCCUUUGACUACAAGAUUUAUUCCCUUAAAACAUACACACAAAAUGUCAAAACUUGAUCCUUCAUCUGGAUUAGUAGGAAACAUGGAAAAUGGGACUUUUCUGGAGCUAUAUCCCACAUCCCUGUCAACUUCAGUGGAUUCCUCAUCGGGCCGCUUAUCAAAUGUCUAUGUCUAUGUAUCUAUAUUUCUCAGUCUCUUAGCAUUUCUUCUUUUGCUAUUAAUCAUUGCACUUCAGAGGCUGAAAAACAUAAUCUCUUCCAGUGCCUCCUACCCAGAAUACACUAGUGACGCCGGAAGUUCUUUCACUAAUUUAGAAGUUUGUAGUAUUUCUUCCCAGCGAUCUGCUUUCUCAAACCUUUCUUCAUGAAAAGAAAUGAAGGAUAUAUAUUGGGAAUGGAACAUCUUUGUCUAGCUUUUGUGGGAAGUAGUGCAUGCAACAUUUGCUAUUGAGGACUAUUAAUCAUGAAAGAGGUGACUUUUGAAGUUCUCUUUGAUUUUUCUUUCUCAUUUUAGUUUCCAUCUCCCUUUUAUUAACAAUACUUUUAAUCUUGGAGCAUGGAAAUGGCAUCUGGUUGUAGCUUCAUGUAUGUAAUAGUAACGCUGCCUUUCUGUCAUAUAUAUACACAGCCAUGCAUACGCAGUCUUCCUGCCAAAUUUGAAUAUGGUUCUAGGUAAUUGUUCUAAUUCGUCUCUGGAGUUGUAUCCCUCUUAUCUGGAUUUCCCUUUGUUAGUGUGUCAUUGACUUUACUUGCUAGCACCUUCUGGACAAAAUCGCUUUCACAAAAAUGCCGCCAUACUCAUCUAAUAGACAAACUGGCUUCUUGGUCAAUUUUAAAUUUGUAGAGGGGAGUUGUUUGUUUUGUUCUGGUUUUAACUGUGGUGUUGAUUCAGUAUUUAAAUUAUAUUAUUAAAACAAAAGUAAAAUACUUAUUUUGUUAACAAACAUUAAUUUUGUCUGUGUAUACCAGGCCAUUGAACCUUUCUGUAUGAAGCCUUUAAAAGUCAACUUUCACAUAUACUUUGACAUAUUUGCUUAAUUUUAUUUAGCAAAAGUGACUAGAAUAAAUAUACACAGUUGUGAACUCAAGCUGUACUGUAUGUUAUAAAAAUAUUUUUAGAAUUUACUUGCUUGCAAUUGUCAGGGCUGCCUACUUCUUAGGGGUAGUUUCUGCCUGUGAAUCACAAAUACAGCACACCUCUUUUCCGUGCUUCAUUGCUACUCUAGCUUAUUGUUAAUCGUGCCAAACACAAUCUGAGCAGCCUUUUCUCUCCUUGAGAGAAAACAUAAUUCCCAUUACUGUUGCUGGCAGCUGAUUACCUGCAUUAAGAUCCCUUAUAGGCAUGGGUUCUUACCUCAGUGGAGAAAAUCGCCAUACUCAUCUAAUAGACAAACUGGCUUCUUGGCCAAUUUUAAAUUUGUUGAGGGGGGUUGUUUGUUUCGUUCUGUUUUUAAUUGUGGUGUUGAUUCAGUAUUUAAAUUAUAUUAAAACAAGUGGAGCUACUUACAUUGGUAAGAAUUACUGAGGGGCUAGAUUCUGCCUUCUCCUUAAAUAGAUGCACAAUGGGGUGGAGGAGCAAGAUGAAUCCUUCUUGGCAGUGGCCUGUGUAAGGUCCAAGCGGUGUCAUAGUCCCUUCUCUGAAGGAGUCACAGUGCCUGCUCUCUCCCUACACCACCAUGCAUGCACAGAGCCCCACUAAGGAUAGGAAGUGCUGGGAAGGCGGGGAGGACAUUACAGAAUGGACCCAGUAUGCAUGGCAGGAGAAUAAGCUGUACCCCAUUAAGAGAUGUAGUAGAGGUAAUGCCCUCCUUCUGCUCUAGGGAGUUCAGCAUCACAUAUAUCGAGACUGGAUGCCUCUCCAUGGCCAAUAUCCCCCCAUAGUUUGGGCUAUGCUGAAAUGGCAUCAUUAGUUCCAGGAGAAUUAGGGUUUGCAGGCUUGAUUCUUACACAAAGAACAGCCUCUACACACUUAAAUAAUUCAUAUGAUACUCCCAGUAACUGUCCAUUAUGUCCAAAUUUAAAACAGUAGCUCCCUUGAUUAAAACAGAGUCCUGUAUUCGGUCACUGUCAUAAAGCAAUUAUUAUUAUAGCAAAGCAGAAUUAUGUGAGGUCUCCAGCACACCCAGCGUGGGUUUAGUCCCAUUAAAAUUGGCAGUAAAACCACAUGGAAUGCAAAGAUCGGUUUGUUAUGAUUGCAGCCUCCAAAGUAUACUACACAAUGUUCUCAUAUGAAUGAGGGGGGUGUUAAUCCCUGGCCCUCCCUAAAGGAUUCCAGGGGGUGCCAAGUGGUUAGUUUUAUGACUGGUUAUUACUUUAUAGCAUCAUUACAGAAUAUGGUUCAAGGGGAACAGUUGGGCCCAGUUGGGCCCUUCUCCACCUAAAGUCAAUGGGAGCUUUGCCCAUGAGCAAGAUCCAACUCAUUUGAAGGGCCAUGAGAAGAACAUGGAAGUGUCAUCACUGGUUUUAAUUAGCAGAGCUGCACUUGUCGUUAACUGAUGGAGGGGAUCACAGCAGGAUAGUGGUGUUACAGUUCCCCUUACAAAUGGUACACCUGAUUCUUCAGAGGUCUAGUACCUGUCUAAUCUCUUAACCUAGCAUCAACAUCUCUAAAUAGAUAGCUGUCUCUUUUGAGGCUCACGUCCUUUAUUAUUUGGCAAGCAUGUGUUUAAAGUUAGGGAACAGUUGAUAUACUACAGCCUUUGUUGAUGCAGCUACAUGUGAAACACUCCAGUACUUUUAAAGAAUUUUCUUCCUCCAGGUUAUUAGUUUGCUACAGGCAGGAUGCAGAUCCCAAGACCCAACAUUAAUUGUAUAAGUCUAGGAAAUACAGGUUUUUCACAAUCAAAUGUAAAUGUAAUAAUUAGAAAUAUCAUUAUUCAGUGCCAAACAAAGGCAGAUUAAAUUAGAGUUGGUGUUUUCAAGUCUUUAAAUUAACAUUAUUAAUACAAUAAUUUGUGGCAAAAUUUGGUAUUAAGAUUCUUUUAUAAGAGCAAAAGGAUUUUGCUGUAAAACAAAGAACUUAAGCCAUGGGGAUUGCUUUUAUAAAGGUACUAGAAGAUUUACCCGGUGUUGCUUGGGUCCUUAACUCAAUUAAUUUUUGUUUUUUUGGAAAAUAAAAUGUAAAUGUA